AUGUAUAAUGAAUUUAAACAAUAUGCUGUUGAAGAUGCUAAAACUGAUCAUCGAUAUGGUGUUGAAUGUCUAUUUCGAUUUUAUACAUAUGGUCUAGAAAAACAUUUUCGUCAACAUGUAUUUGAAGAUUUUCAACAAGAAACUCUUUGUGAUCGUGAAGCUGGUCAAUUGUAUGGUUUAGAAAACUUCUGGACAUUUUUAAAAUAUUCUCGACAAAAACCAAAAAUUAAUUCAAAACUUGAAGAAAUUUUAAAAAAUUAUAAAAAUCUUGAAGACUUUCGUGUUGAUGGUGCAUCAUUUCCACGACAAUUUUUUCCAACAAAAUCAAGCAUUAUAACUGUUCCAGCACUCGAAGCAAUUGCUGCUGCAGUAGCAAAGAACAGUGAUACAUCAAAUUCAUUAAAAAUCAGUGGUGAACAUUUUCCAACACGUAAUAAUCGUGAUCAAGCUCGACAAUCGAAUCGACGAACAAUAUCUGAACGGUACUAAACUUUAUACACGUUUUAUUUUUAUUUUUCUAUGUAUAUAUUACAUUUUUUCGUUAUUGUAGUAGAUAGAUAGAUUAAAUAGUGAUGCAUUUUCU